CUUCCGGUAGAGCAGACCCGGUUGAAGCUGCAGUCGGGGUAAGUUAGCAGGUCCGCCGAGGCAGCUCGACUAAUAAAUGUAACGGCGAGGGUUCGAACCCGCGGUGGGCUUCAUUUUUGACAGGACGUCUUGGAGCGUCGGCACGGACACGACAAGCCAAAGUCCCGCUCCUGCAGGAGACGCUGGAUAGCUGCCGCGGCUAACUAGCAAAGUAACAUCCUCUCUAGCUGUUAGCAUCUCCACAAAGCGGAGUUUGUGAAGCCUGCACACUCAACGUUCUGUCACACGGCUACAGACGCAACACCUGCAGGAUCAAUGAUGUCCGCUGCCAGCAUUGACCCGCAGAUAUCGAAAGGACAGGAUGCCAGCAAAGCCUUUCCAGUUUCAGUGCAGAACGGCUCCCUGCACCAAAAGGAUGCGGUCCACGACAACGAUUUUGAGCCUUAUCUCACUGGACAGUCCAAUCAGAAUAACAGCUAUCAGUCCAUGACAGACCCUUACCUGUCCAGCUACUACGCCCCGUCCAUUGGAUUUCCUUACCCCCUCAGUGAGGCUCCGUGGUCUACAGGUGGUGACCCGCCUAUACCCUACCUGACACCAUAUGCACCCCUCAGCAAUGGAGACCACCACUUCAUGCAUGACACAGUGUUUGGGCAGCCAGGGGGGCUCAGCAGCAGCAUUUAUCCCCACAGGUUUAACUUUUUCCCAGAGAACCCGGCCUUCUCCGCCUGGGGUACCAGUGGUUCUCAGGGCCAGCAGACUCAAAGCACAGCCUAUGGGGGGAGUUACAGCUACCCACCCAGCUCCUUAGGAGGCACUUUAGUCCCAGAUGGUCAGACCGGUUUCCAUAGCGACACCCUCAGCAAGGCCCCAGGUAUGAACAACCUAGAGCAGGGCAUGCUAAGCCUUAAAAUAGGCGGCGAUGUGACCGCAGGCAGCUCGGGUGUGAAGGCUGCUGGCUCGGUGAUCGGCGGUGGUGCCAGUGUCGCUGUUGCCGCGGGCAACGGGGGCGCACCAGUCGGAAUGCCGCCUCCGAAGCCAGCAUCGUGGGCUGCAAUUGCUAGUAAACCCGCCAAGCUGCAGCAACAAAAGACCAAGAACAAGCUGGGCACGUCCAUAGGUGGUGGACCUCUGCCCCAGCCCUCCAUCAAACACAACAUGGACAUUGACACGUGGGAUAAUAAAGUGGUUGCCACAAAGAUGGGUCCCCCUUUGCACCACCAUCACCACCACCAACAGCACCCGGCGCAGCAGCUUCACUCUCAUCCUGCCAGCCUCUUGCCUCCUCUUCAGCAGUCGCUACAGUCGGCCCAGUCUCUGGUGCAGCAGAUGACAAUGCAGGCUCCUCCACCCCCACCCCUCCAGUCCUAUCAGAACCACAACUCCGCUCCAGCACCUCAGACCCGCUGGGUCGCCCCACGCAAUCGCAACUUGUGUUACGGCGGUGGAAGCUUGGACAGUAGCGGCUCCUCAAAUGGCGGCGGUGUCGGUAAUGGGGGCGUAGGGGGCGGCUGCUUGGGACUAGAGCCGGGCUGCGAAUCCCAUCCCGUCCUGGAGAAGCUGCGAGCCGCCCACAGUUAUAACCCAAAAGAGUUUGACUGGAACCUAAAAAAUGGUCGAGUGUUCAUCAUCAAGAGCUACUCUGAAGAUGACAUUCACCGCUCCAUCAAGUACUCCAUCUGGUGCAGCACGGAGCACGGCAACAAACGUUUGGACUUGGCUUUCAGGGCCAUAAACUCCAAAGGUCCCGUCUACUUGUUGUUUAGCGUCAACGGCAGUGGCCAUUUCUGCGGUGUGGCGGAAAUGCGCUCGCCCGUGGACUAUGGCACCAGCGCUGGUGUUUGGGCGCAGGACAAGUGGAAGGGCAAGUUUGACGUGAACUGGUUGUUUGUUAAGGACGUGCCUAAUAGCCAGCUGCGCCACAUCCGCUUGGAGAACAACGACAACAAGCCGGUCACCAACUCGCGUGACACUCAAGAGGUUCCACUGGAGAAAGCCAAGCAGGUGCUGAAGAUCAUCGCCCAGUACAAACACACCACCUCCAUCUUUGAUGACUUUUCUCACUACGAGAAGAAGCAAGAGGAGGAGGAGGUGGUCAAAAAGAGCUAUGAACCUGCCACAAUACAGAGCCGACCUCGACUUGAUCAGGAUCGUCAGAAGUAAACAUGUGGCGCCUUGUGGAAGCUCAAUGGCAGGUCCUGCUGGGAUAAACACAAUGAAACGUAUUUAGAUUUAACAAAAAGAAGACACAUGGACAUGAAGAAUAUUGAAGACUAAUAUUUUUUCUAUUUAAUUUUGUCGACUCUGGUCUGUCUUAACCACGUCACUCACAGCUCCCCCAUCUUUAGGAAGUGUGAAGGGAUGAAGUCUCUUUAGUAUGACAUUCAUUCAUAUUUAAUUUUUUAAGCCUUAUCACUGCCCUGGAACAUUGGAAAAAUUGACAUAAACCUGCACGUCUGUUUUUAAGAUCCCACAACAACAUGCUGCUGAUAUUCAGUGACUGUUCACAUUGUGGUUUGUGUGUUGGAGAAAUGUGAAGUGCUUGUGUUGGUGACUCUUGCGAGUGAACAAACGUCUGCUAUCUGUGUGGCCACUUGUGUUCAGCAUAAUUACGGAACAUUUUGUCAUGUCCACUUUAGGAAUGUGUGCACCGCAAGUCUCCCUGCAGGCUAAAUGUGCUAAAAGUUUCAAAGAUUUGAUUGACUGAUGACACUAAUUUACAAUAGAGCAUCAUGGUGGAGAAAGCUUGUCUGCCUCAAUUGAUUCUUCCUCUCCACCACAGAGCCUUAAUGUUUCUUUUCAGCAUAGUUUCAGGGAAUUUGUGUUUUCAAUUACGGGCCCUCUCUGUUCUUAUUCAAAGAACGACUUAACAAAUAUGCUUUUUUCCAUUAGCACUACAUUUGGUUUCAUUCAACUGCUUUUUUCUUCUCUUAUUUACCUCUGUUUUCUUGCCGUCUUGUCCAAAUCUGGAAAGCAUGUAAUGCGUUUAAAACUUUGUCACUUGGUUUUGUAGUUCUUUAUUAACAUACUAGUAUUUGAUGAUGGCAUCAUUUCCACUGCUGUGACCUUUCGUCAUGCACCAUCAGAUAAUAUAAGCUUUAAUGUACUGGCAUUUUCUGACUACAAACGCCUCAAACGUUUAACUGUAGCAUUAUACCUAACUGAUUUAUUCUAAGUAUAUGGAAACCUGCAGAGACUAGCAUAUAUGCUAUAUGUUUGUGAUGUUUUUUUGUUUUUUGUUUUCAAAUAACUUGCUGUAUUCCGUCUGUGUGUGUUAGAAUGAGUGUCAGUAAAGAGAGGGAGUAUGACUGCGGUGCAACCAGAGCUAUAUAACAGUAUUGGAUUAUAGAAAAAGUUAUGCAAAAAAAGUUUAAUGUCACCCCUGAAUUUAAUAUCAUUGUAUCAGAGGUCACUAUCACAUUCUUAGAUUUGAUCAUAUUCAUUAUUAAAGAUAUACUUAUAUGUUA